AUCGCGUGUUAGAUAAAUUCACCCUCUCCCCGUUGCGUGCAGUACACAACAAUGAAUGCUGGAUCAAGCAGCGCUCGGCGCUUGAUUGCGUUCAAUGCCUCCUCACGCGACAGCAUUUGCAGAUCUUGCUUGAACCGCAUAUCACAUCAAGCGAAUCGUCGAAAUGCAUCAACCGCUACAGCUGUUGCGGAUCAGUCUCCUACAUCACAAUCCGAUCCAUCUUCAUCACAGCCCGUGGAAGCAACAGGUCCUCGGAAAGCCUUCAAAAUCAUGUGCAGCCCGCUGAUCGCGCGACCACCUCUCCUCACCCGCGAGCCCACUUCCUUCGAGAAAGCAUACUACCUCUAUCAAAAAAGACUGAACGAGCGACUCGUUCUUCCCUUCACUCGAUACUUCUACUACAAGAAAGGCACACCGGCAGAUCUCGAAUGGAAGCGGAAAUACAAAGUUCGCAGGGUGGCCGCUCGGGAUAUUGGUUUCUACAACGCAUAUGACCCCAAUGCUUGGAAUGACGAAGUCCUGGUAGGAAGUCAGCUUUCCGAGCCUGCAGACUUCGUGGAGAAGUUAUGUCGAGACGCCGAGGGCAAACCGAUCGUGGAUGUUGCCAAGGACGUGAGCCAGGAGAAGGUUGCCGACUUGGCAGCGGAUGAAUUGGGGUCAGGAAAGCGGGUGGUAGAGGAGGAGAAGGUAGAGAGCGAGGCAGACGACAUCGAUGUGUUGACUGGGGAGAGCGUUAAGAAGACGGAGAAGAAGAUUGUCAUUCCGCGACCGCUGCCGCGGGAGACGGAGGCAGACCGGACGAAUGAUCUCAAGAGCUUGAACCGCAAGCUGGACCGAUCGUUGUAUCUUUUGAUCAAGAGGAAAGAUGGACAGUGGCGAUUCCCGGAGGAUCGUCUGUAUGGUCGCGAGAAUCUGCACCAGGCGGCCGAACGCAUCCUCAUCCAAGCCGGCGGCAUCAACAUGAACACCUGGGUCAUCGCGAACCACCCAGUCGGCCACUACUUCAGCCGGUUCGCCUCCCCGAUCCUCAGCAAGAUCGCCCCCAACCGGCUCGUCAGCACGUCGCCGACGGAGGUGUUCGAGCAAGAGGAGUACGGCGAACGCGUCUUCUUCAUGAAGACCCGCAUCAUGACCGGACAACUGAAUCUCGCCAAGAACCAGUACGGCGACCAGGAGUUCCAGUGGCUCGCGAAAGAGGAGAUCCAGGAGCGUGUGACGGAGGAUUACUGGCAUCACAUCAGGAACAUGCUUGUGGAACGAUAGAGGUUGCAUGAUGUGGGCAGGGGAAUGGACAGCGGCCAGAUGAAUUGGUCUCUGGGAUUGUCGUGAGGAAAGCUUCGCUUCUUCUUAUAUUGUAUUGAUCCUUGUACUCUACGUCCCCAUUAGAAACUUUCGAAUUUCUCCAUUUGUUCCUGCCAGGCAUGCUUAUCUUGAGAAAUGGGACGUGACAUUCCGUCACGAGCGAUGGAUAUCGGAAGAUAUAUUUUGAAAUUUUGUGGCACUGCGCUCUAACUCGUCGCAUGUGUGUUUGUUUUAAGGAAGAGGAUAGUAAGAUAAAGAACCCCGACAUGGUCUACACCACGCAGUGUCGCCAAACAG